AUGGCUUCUUCAAUGCUGUAUGGAGUUGAGAAUCUUGCAAUUAUAAGAGGAAGAGUGUCACCAAACGGGUUAGGGUUUAACGGGUCGGAUUUGCAUGGGGGAAAAUCUUUCCCCAAAAUUAAUUUGGGCAUUGAGAAUUCGAAUUCUAGAGGUAUAAGUAAGACCCUAUUUGUACCUAAGUGCAGUAUGUCUGUACCAAGGCCAGCUUCACAGCCUAGGUUCAUGCAACACAAAAAAGAGGCAUUUUGGUUCUACAGGUUUAUGUCAAUUGUGUACGAUCAUAUUAUAAAUCCGGCUCAUUGGACCGAAGACAUGAGAGAUGAAGCCAUGGAACCUGCUGACCUCAAUAGCCGUGAUAUGAUAGUAGUGGAUGUUGGUGGUGGGACCGGGUUCUCAACUUUGGGUAUUGUGAAACAUGUUGAUGCUAAAAAUAUUACCAUUUUGGAUCAAUCGCCACAUCAGCUUGCUAAAGCAAAGGAAAAGGAGCCAUUGAAGGAAUGCAAGAUCAUUGAGGGAGAUGCCGAGGAUCUUCCUUUCGAAACAGAUUAUGCAGAUAGAUACAUAUCUGCCGGAAGCAUUGAGUGUUGGCCCGAACCGCAACGGGGCAUCAAAGAAGCAUACAUGGUUCUAAAGAUGGGAGGAAAGGCAUGUUUAAUCGGGCCUGUACAUCCAACCUAUUGGUUGUCUCGUUUCUUUGCAGACAUGUUUAUGCUGUUUCCAGAGGAGGAAGAGUACAUCGAGUGGUUUGAAAAGGCUGGAUUCAAAGAUGUUAAGAUCACGAGGAUUGGCCCAAAAUGGUACUGUGGGGUCUGCCGCCAUGGUCUUAUCAUGGGGUGCUCUGUUACCGCGGUCAAACCCUUAUCGGGGGAUUCACCGUUGCAGCUCGGCCCCAAAGUAGAGGACGUGAGAAAGCGGGUGAACAUGUUUGUGUUCCUUGCCCGCCUUAUCUUGGGUGCAAUUGCUGGUGUCUACUAUGUUAUGCUCCCUAUUUACAUGUGGCUUAAGGACCGGAUUGUCCCCAAAGGUCAACCAAUCUGA